AUGGCUAUUUUUCAGCAAAGUACUUUGUCCGCCAUCGUGGCUGACACGGCGAGCGGGUACCACCUCCUCACGAUCCACGGGUACUCCCGGACCAAGGGCAUUCCCACGGGCGAGUUCGUGAGGUCCAGCGCCUUCACCAUCUGCGGCCACCGCUGGAGCAUCGACUACUACCCCAACGGCGCUCGCGCGGCGGUGGCGGACUACGUAUCCCUGUCGCUGAACCUCGACGAAGAUGUUUUGGAUGCGGUGAAGGCGCAGUACGAUUUCUGCAUCGCCGGCGAGGCGGAGGAGCCGGAGAACGUGGCGGAGCUGGCGUCGGCGCCGGUGGAAAGGUUCCCUUCCCGGACCGCCUCGUUGCACGCGAUGUUCGUCAAGAGGGAGCGCCUGGAGGGGUCCAGGCAUCUGAUGGACGACUCGUUCACCAUCCGGUGCGACAUCGUCGUCGUCCACAGCUACCGGGGGGCGUCGGAUGACGCCGUGGCCUUCGUCUCCGUGCCUCCUUGCGACCUGCGCUGGCACUUGGGCGAGCUCCUCAAGACCGAGAAGGGCGCCGACGUGGUGUUCGAGGUCGGCGGCGAGACGGUUGCGGCGCACCGGUGCGUGCUCGCCGCCCGCUCCUCGGUCUUCAGCGCCGAGCUAUUCGGACCGAUGAUAGAGGGAAAUGCCGCUGGCGUCGUGGUGCGCAUAGAAGACAUGAACGCGGAGGUGUUCAAAGGAAGAUGA